AUGGCCAGCAAAGGCAAACAGCUUCCCCACGAGCGGCGGAAAGGCGAAUCUGCAUUGAGUGAGUUCGCCGACUACGUCGAGAGGCAACAAGCCAUUCGUUACCCCUCUGCCGCCAGCGCAUCCACGACCGCAGUGCCAUCUUCUACCAGCUCUGUGACCGCUGUAGAAGACCAUGCCGAGCUUGAUCUUCUCCUAAAUUCCCUCGACCUCGCAGAUGACUCUCCAGCCGUACGACUAAAAGAGCUGCUCUUGAGCAACGACGGCGACACUCUUACGAAGUUAGUCAAUCUGUUGGAAUCGCGGAUAGCGGAGGGUCAUGGCGAGACUGUCUUUGAGCUUGGAUUUGAGAAUAAUGGCGAGUCAAUGGCUUUGACCAAAGACGAAUGGGAUGUGGCAAUCAAGAGACUCAAUGAGGCUGCGCGGAACUGCCGUGCCGAUUGCCAAAUGCUGUUGACGAAACACGUUGGUGGAGAUGCCGAGGCCGAGAGCGCUGCCAGCGAGAAGGAGACUGAUUGCAGUGGGAAAAUCAUGAUACGGCAACAUCCUGCUACCGUUGAAGGGGCCAUUGAGACCCGAAUCGCUGUGGUUGGAAAUGUCGAUGCUGGGAAGAGUACCAUGCUGGGUGUUCUCGUAAAGGGAGGCCUCGAUGAUGGCCGAGGGAAGGCUCGUGUCAGUCUAUUUCGGCAUAAACACGAAAUCGAGAGUGGACGAACCAGCUCAGUCGGAAUGGAGAUCAUGGGAUUCGAUACUACGGGAAAAGUUGUCGCAUCUGAUGUCCCUGGACGCAAGUUGUCUUGGGAGGAGAUUGGUAAACGAUCUGCUAAAGUUAUCACUUUUACUGACUUGGCGGGUCACGAACGAUACCUUCGUACCACGGUCUUUGGGCUUCUUUCUUCCAGCCCCAACUACUGUCUACUAAUGGUAGCUGCCAAUAACGGUCUCAUUGGCAUGAGUAAAGAGCAUCUGGGAAUCGCCUUGGCUCUCAAUGUUCCAGUCAUGGUAGUCAUCACCAAAAUCGAUAUCUGUCCGCCACAGAUCCUGGAGCAGACUGUCCAACAGAUCACCCGAAUUCUCAAAUCCCCAGGGGCCCGCAAAAUCCCCAUUUUCAUCAAGAACCGAGAAGAGUGUAUCAAUACCGCCACUCAAUUCGUGAGUCAAAGAAUUUGCCCCGUCUUCCAGGUUUCCAAUGUCACCGGAGAAUCCCUUGAUCUCGUCCGAACUUUCCUCAACAUUCUUCCACAUCAUGGUCAUUACGAUGCCGACGCUCCUUUCGAGUUCCACGUAAAUGACACCUUCUCUGUCCCAUUCGUAGGCACUGUCGUCUCCGGAAUUAUCAAGUCUGGAGUCAUCCACGCCGGUGACACAGUCCUUAUUGGUCCCGACUCACUGGGACAAUUCACGACCACAAAUAUACGAUCCAUCGAGAGGAAACGAAUAUCCGUUCCAGCUGCAUCCGCUGGCCAAUCCGCCUCCUUUGCACUGAAAAGAGUUCGUCGGAAAGAUGUAAGAAAAGGAAUGGUCGUCCUGCCAAAAUUAGAGCAGAACUCCCCUAAAGUGCAUCGAGAGUUUGUAGCAGAAGUACUUAUUCUCUCCCACGCAACCACCAUCAAAACAAAAUACCAAGCCAUGCUUCACGUCGGUCCCGUUUCGCAAACAUGCGCCAUUAUUGACAUCGACCGCUCUUACAUCCGUACCGGAGACCGCGCUACCGUUGCCUUCCGCUUCGUGCAGAGACCGGAAUAUCUAGCGCCGGGUGAUCGAUUACUGUUUAGGGAGGGGCGGACUAAAGGGCUGGGGAUUGUGAAAAGUGUAGGGUAUGAUCCGAAGCAACCGUUGAAUCCAAAGCCAGUGAAGGAAGGUGAAGAAAACGAGAACGGAAAGGCCGUUGAGACUGGUGUCGCUGCUUCUACCAGUGUGGCUUGA